GGCCUACAUGAUGGCGCUAGUUUAGUAGCAACAUAAUGAUUCUCCCAUCAUUUGUGUCAACGGCCAGCGGCCGAUGUAAAUGCAAUAUUACUAAUUUUCAAAAACUUAAAUUUCAAAUUUGCCUUUGUAGGCGAAAUAUCAAGAUAUCGACAAAACAUUGGAGUCAUUCUCCGACACAUCCAUAUUAUGGCCGAUUCUCAAUGACAGUUUUGUAGAUCAAAUGACUAUAAAUUUUAUCUGACUUCUUUGAGGGAUUGCUACAUUGAAAUUGCUAACAGUGAUAAUGAGGCAACAAUCAUUCUCAACGAGCCAAGGGGAACUAAAACAAGAGGUAGCAAGACUAAUACGUAUGUUCUACAUUUAAAUCUACACCCUUAGCCCUAGUGAGAGACACUUAGUAAAUGAUAACACAUCAGCCACACUGGGGUGUUAAAUACCCCAAUUUUAAUUUCAAUGUUGGUCUUCUUAAUGGUACAUGAAACUUCCAGAAUGUAUAAGCAACGUACCAGUGGAAGAAUUUCUAGGUUCUUUAACGGUGGCCUGCAUGAGCUUCUAGUAGUUACAUUUCCUAUGGUCCUUAAAUUCCUUUUUGGACAAUAAAGAAACUUCUGAUAACAGGUAGCCCCAACGAUUGACAGUCAGUGCAAAGAUGCCAACGGUAAUAGUUGUUGAUGUGUCAUUGUCGAUGACAAGACCUGUUGCUUUGCCUGAGAGUGGUGAAGUAUAUACCAGACAUAACCUCGCAAUUCAUGGAAUAAACACAUUAUUGGACUACCUAGCUGUCCAUAGUAAACUUGAAUUUGUAGCAUUGAUUGCAUUUUCAUCACUUUAUGAAAUUGUUUCACCUUUUACACGAGAUUUUGACACAAUAAAAUCAAAGCUUCAGCAGCUAGAAGAAUUUGAUAAGACAUGUGUUGAAACAGCUCUUCAUGGAGUAAAUAGACUUAUAUUGAGUGAAUGGGGAAGUGCAACACCUUGUCAGGUUGUGCUUGUUACUGAUGGCAGCCCUGGUGUAGGACCAUUGUCCUUGAAGCAUUCACUGAGCACUUUGGGACAACGAGAUUUUGCUACACCGUUCCCGUUGCCGUUUUCGUUUCCCUGUAAACUGAGUGUCAUGUGCAUUGCUCCGCCUGAUGAUCCAUCAUUACAGUUAGGUCUUCCUCUGUAUAGUCGUCUUGUUGAAUUGGCAGGCCUUGAUAGCUGUGUUCAUGUACCUGAAGCAGCACUUACUAUCUCUUCAGUUCAGGCAAUGUUCCAGAAACUGGCAGAGGCAAAUUUUGCAUCCUUUCAGGGCACACUGAAGUGUGGAAAUUUGGGUUCCCGCAUUAUUCUCUCACCUGCCCCUCAGCCUUUCAAUAAAGCUACUGAUUUUGAGUAUAUCAAAAGGAAUAUAUCAGAUACUAUUGAAGUAUGCGGAUUUAUUGAUGUUGCUGAUGUUGGAAGCCCUAUGGCUAUUUCACGUCAUCUGGUGCUACCUCAUGGUUCAGGGAAAAUGGAGGAGGCAGAUGGUAUUUCUUCUGUCAUGAAGUCAGAAGGAGACUCUGAUGAUGAUUCAGGUGUAGAUGAAGGAAAAGUCGCCUCAUUUUGUGUACUACUUCAUGGUGCACUUAAAGUGGAAAACAUGGCUGCUUUGUGUCUUUUAGCCAAGGACUGGUUUGGCUUUGUUUACUCUUGGGCUGACAGCAAGAAGAAAUCAAAUUUAAUGUUAACAGUGUUGGAACCUGGAACGAAUGUUGUCCCAUGGCUGGGAAAUUUAAAUAACUUAGGUUCUUUGGAAGAUUUUCGCGCAGUGAAUGGUGAGGAAGAUCCGCCACCGCAGUUUCCAGUUCGUCCUCCAGAAAAAAGAAGUUACUCACAAAAUUGUGUGGUUUGGAUAAGGCAGGCAGGAUUACAGUCUGAUAUACAAAAGAUCUUGCGGCAUGCUCGCAAACUUCCAGACAAAACACAACAGUUUUAUAAGGAGUUAAACAGGUUGAAAAGAGCUGCAAUAUCAUUUGGAUUCAUUGAACUGCUGGAUGGUUUAGCAGCAAUAUUCGAGAGGGAGUGCACUCUACUCCCUGGAGGUGCCCAUCCAGAUUGUGCAUUGCAACUGACACAUGCAGCGGGAGUUUUACGCAGGCCUUACUGUCGUGAUAUCAAGUUCAAUGUGACACCUCUGUUAACAAAAUUCCAAAUUUGUGAAUAACUCUACCUUUGUGAUAUGUGAAAUCCCACCAAAUAUAUUUUUUUAAAUAUCA